AAAGAGAUAAACCAAAAUGACAUUUUCUGUGCCAAUUUUCGCCAUUUUUUGGUGUUUGGAAUUCAUAGCAGUUUGCUAUGGCUCUAUACCAUGUACAAAUCACGAUGACUGUGGAGGUAUUCAGUGCCCUGCUGGGUACGCUCCUUACUGCGCUACCAUUUUAUUUAGCCAAUGCAAAUGCAGCCAAUCUGAUGCAAUGUGGUCGGCGUGGAGCGCAUGGAGUCAGUGUAGUGUGACUUGUGGCGCCGCGUCGGGUUCGCGAACAAGGCAGCGGAACUGUGCGAAGAGCGCCACUAGCCACGACUUUUGUGUCGGUAACCACCGGCAAGCAGAGGUUUGCCGUGCAUCUUCAUCACAUUGUCCACGAGAUGGUCACUGGGGACAUUGGUUUGCCUGGUCAUCAUGCAGUGUUUCCUGUGGUAUAGGAACAAGACAGAGACACCGAGACUGUAACAAUCCUCCACCAGCCUAUGGAGGAUCCUACUGCUCGGGCUAUGUCACAGAUAAUCAGGCUUGUUCCCAUUCCUGUACAACCACUACCACGGCAACAACAACUACUACUUCAGCUACCACUACUGUACCAGGUAAGCCUUGUCCAUCAUGUGAUGAAAGGCUAAACUGUGUUUGGAACCAGACAUGCUCAGCAACUCAAUCUUGUAUGGUGAGGGCUGUAACGGGCCACGGAUUUCAAUUCACUGUACACUGUAUUCUAAGUCAAGACUGUCACUUCAUGACCACAUUUUUACAUAACUCAGAAAUCUACUGCUGUGAUGACAGAGAGUGUCUCAGAAAAUAUAUUGGGAUAUAG